AUGUGUUUCACAAAGACAGUAUGUUUUGAUUCCCUCUGCUUACCUCAUGGAAGUGAACUAGACAGCUUGGCAGUGUACAGCACACUUGGUCCCUAUGUUCGGAAUGUCAGUGUGACACUAGUGGCUGACAGAGUGCAGAUUGGGAAACCAUUCGUUAUUGAGGUGUCUGGCUACUUAGCAAGUCCUUUGGAACGGUCUGUAGGUGUACAAGGUUUGAACCCAGCUAACUUUUCACUACUGCAUCUUGUGAUUAACUGGACCCUUGGAGAGCAGAGUGUUAUCAGUGUUACUGUACUGGAUAAUGGCUUCUUCACUGCUUCCCCAGUUUGGGCUUUUGCUGAACCUGGAAUCCAUCACAUAAACGCAUCUAUCAGCAAUCUUAUUUCUGUGGAGGAAUUCAGUGUUGACGUCACUGCUCUAAUCCCGGCACCAGCAUUCCUGGAGGUUAAGGUGCACCAGACGGCAGAGCAGAUUCCGUCUUGUGUUACCUUCCCAGUGGAAGAAACAGAUUCCCUUGAGAAGGUUUUCUUGGGUGACAGGUGCAUCUUUGAGGCCUUUGUGGCAAUGGGAAUCAAUUUGGAUUUUUACUGGCAUUUUACUGAUGACAGCAGCAUCUACAACUCGGGGGGUGAUUGUUACCAACAGUCUGACUGCCUAAGCAACACUGUGAACCAUACAUUUGCAAAAGAAGGACUUUACAAAGUGAUUGUAAAUGUUUCAAAUGUCUAUAACUGGAUUCAGAAAGUCAUCAGUGUGGCAGUUGUGCCAAGGGUCCUCUCUAACUUGACGUUUGACACCCACAGUGGGUAUGCAGUCGCACUGGGGCAAAAUGUCACUCUGGAAAUGGAGCUCUUCACCACAGUACGCCAGCUUCUGAUCCUCAACGCCACCUUUGAGGCUGGCAUCUCCCACAUCCACCAGCUCAGUGACGACUCCCCUGCCUUCCAGACCUUGAACCACCUGCAGCUGGCAGAGAGCUAUGGUCAGCAGUGCUGCUUUCUUCAUACCCAGGUCUUCCAUCAGUACAGCACUGUUGGCAGCUUUAACAUCUCUGUCGCUGUAUAUUUUGACAAUGGGGUAGUAAAUGCAACAUUACCCAAAGAAUUAUGGGUUUACGAGCCCAUAAAGAAUGUCUUUCCGUCAGUGUUUGGGAAGCAAGUUAUCCCUACCGGAGUCAAUACUACAUUGUUGAUCAGUAGCUACGUGGAUAGGACUGGGUCUUCUGUCAAUUGGAACAUCAGAAAGGACAACUAUACUGUUGUCAAUAAAACCACUGCAGAGUGGUCUCUGACACAUGCUUUUCAAGACACAGGGUUUUAUAUACUGCACGUUGUAGCGUCCAACCCUAUCAGUGACGCCUCGUUUAAGACUGAACUGGUGGUCCAGGAUGUUAUCUCAGGGUUGUCUAUUAGUAGGGUAGAUCCUGAGUGCAUACCUAGUGGUACCCUGGUCACUGUCAGUGCUAGUGUGAUCACUGGAACAAACGUCACUUACACAUGGAGCUUUAACAUAAACUCAAGCAUUACUAUUGAUGGGUCACAAAGUGCCUCUUAUGUGUACAGUCAUCCAGGUGUUUAUUUGGUUGCUGUGAAAGCAGAAAAUAAUGUAAGUACUGUCCUUAGUGAUGGCCUGGAAUUCACGGUUCAAGAUCUAGUCGGGGACUUUGUAGUUGACGUACCACGUAUGGUGACCGUGAAUCAUGAUACAACAAUGUCUUUCGCUGUGCUCUCUGGGACUAACGUGACUCUCGAGGUUUUUACCAAUGGCACCCUUAUUUUCAACGACAGUAGCUAUGUGAAUGGGAACCCAGUGAGCAUGGAUUUUAUUUUCAAUCAGAUGGGACCUUUGCAAGUUGUGGUUAGAGCCUCCAAUCGUGUGUCCUCUUUCAACAGUACUACAAUAACCCUUGUGGUCAAAGAAAUACAUGUGGUCACAAUAGAAACACCACAGCAGCCAGUGCUAGGAGAGAGCAUCAUCCUGAUUGCUAGGGUUAAUGGACAUCUGUGGACAAGUGGAAGUUAUAUUUAUUAUUGGACCCUGCCCCAGAACCAGGCAGUUACAUCUGGUAGCCCUGUUAUUUCAUACUCCUGCAACUACACAGGUUCUCGGCUCAUCGGUGUUACAGUCACAAAUUUUGCAUCAAAUGCUUCCGCUGAACUGCUGCUGAAUAUUUCAGCAACUGGAGCUGGGCCCAGAUUCACCCACCCUUCUACUGUUGCAACUGAAAGAAAAGCUAUUUUCUCACUACAGGGUUUUUAUUCAGAUGGAAACCACUUAUUAGUAAAUUUUGGGGAUGGAAAUAUAACUUCUGUUUUAUAUUCUACGACUUUGAACAACAGGUAA